CCGAUGCCGCGUCUGAAAGGGUCCAUGCUUGGCUGGCUUUAAGGAAGCUGCUGGUCCGCCCGGUCGGCAGUGGGAGCGGAGCGGAGCGGAGGGGGACGGUGAGAGAGCUGCAGGCGGUGAGAGAGAGAGCUGGUGACGGACACAGAGAUAUCUCCACGACGGCGUCUCUGAUGCAGUUAUGAACACAGUCUCACUGUAGACGUGGCUUCGUGUCAUAUCCAGAUUGAACAAUGUGAUUGUGAUCGGAGGCAGCUGCACUCCAAUGGUCGAGGACCUCACCUCCCUUCACUAGAAUGUACUUGAUGAAUGUACCUCCUGUCGCAGCGACGCAAACAGAAUGGAGAACAUGUGGCCCGCCUGGAGGCUAUAGCCUUCCAAUCUGCUUCAAUGACUCUGACACCGAGUUGUCCACCAGAGGCACACCUAUCUCAGAUAAGGUCCAGAUGAUCAUAGAGAGCCUUAGGAGCACCCAGUCCUCACUCGAGAUGGGCGACGAGAUGGAGGUUAACGUGCCAACGGGACAGGAAGGUCAUCCCCAAGUCUGCAAGGUUGCAAUGGGCUCUUAUGUGGGAGCCAAGUCCAAAACGAAAGGUCCCACUGAAAACCAACGGGCAGAUGUUUCCUCCCCAGUCAACCACGAGAGCAGUGACUCUGACAGCGAUGAUUCUGUGGACAGAGGAAUCGAGGAGGCGAUACUGGAAUACCUGAAGGAAAAGGAUGAUCACAAACGCAAGGCGGAACCGUGCUUCACCUUUCUCCAAUCAUCCAAGAUUCCCAGGAAAAGCCCUAGUGUUCCUGAGGUUUCCAAACAGAACUCUGACAGCAAUACAUUUUUGAUCGCCAGUAGCCAGCUUCCAAAAAGUGUCAAAGCUGAGACUCCCACAGCAGCCGCUCUUAUACCUAUAAAAAUGUAUAUCAAAAACAAGGCCUUACUAAAUGACAACACAGUUAAGAAAUUGGAUUCAAAUAAAAGUACAACAACCAAAAGUUUAGUCUUGCCCAGAGAGCAGACAAAGAGCCCCUCUACAACAGUAAGCCUCCUCAACAAAGUCAUGUGCCCGGUCACAGUUAAGGUGGAGGAAGACUCAAAUGAUUCCAGUAGUGAUGACGGCAUUGAGGAAGCCAUUCAAAGAUACCAGCUAGAGAAAAAGGAGCAGCAGAACAAAAGGGAAACGUUCAGUCCACGUGUAUUCAAAGAGGAGUCUGACUCCACUAGUGAUGAUGGGAUUGAAGAAGCUAUCCGCUGCUACCAGCUUGAGCAACUCAAGGAGAAGAGCGUCCUGAAACCAUUCUUACACAAGCAAAAACCCUUUACUAAAUCAUUAACACAUGCAGUUGGAAGUACAAGCACGGAAAACAUGAAGAAACACAGACUGAGAAAGAAAAGGAGCAGAGCAGAGAAAGAAGUGAAAUCUGUUCAACCUCCUCCUCCAUCUGUUUUCAUCCCCAAGAACACACUUUCAGAGAGCUCCAAGGGUAAAGGAAAUGGAUUGCUUUUGUUUAAAGUAGAAGGUUUUAAGGAGCAACCUACCCCUCCAAAGGUUAAUACAAGUGCAGAGCUCAUGUGUGCCGAGGCGAUACUGGACAUUUCAAAAACCGUCAUGCCUGGGCCCUUCCAUCAUAGUGUUAGCCUUAGCAGUUGCACCCCCACCGAAUCCUCCUUGCAAUCUUCGCCUCCUGACAACUGCCCAGAUGAAGAAAGUGAUGGCAGCUCCAUUGAUAGUGAAGAUGGGAUAGAGCAAGAAAUCAGGAAAUUUCUUGAGCAGAAGGCCCAAAUGCAAAAACAGCCGCCCACCGCUACGACUCCAGAGCCUCAAUGUGUUAAUGAAGCGGAGAAAGUGAAAGCAAAACAAGCUGCAACACAAAAGAAACCUCCAAGAUUGUCUUUGACACAGAGAAGAAAACACAAAGCGGAGAACUCUAGCAUUUCCAACACGUCAGGAGCAGAUGAUGUUCUAGAAACAGCCACUAAACCUUCACCUGAGCACGGAAAAGAAUCCAGCACAUCGGUAUGUUCCCAGAGAAGUCAAACACACCCAAUAGCUGGAUCACGCAAGACGGAGCAAAGUGGAGACAAAAGCAGCUCGCUUGACAGUGACGAGGACCUAGACACCGCUAUAAAAGACCUGCUCAAGACAAAAAAGAAGUCAACGAAAAAAACAAGAGACUUAAAGCGGAAAUCGAGGAUGUGCCUCAAGGAUGGAGAACCGCUGCUGGGAAAUGCUUUAAAAAAGUUGAAACCUGAUCCUACGUCCAAGCACAGUCCUUUGAAAAAAGUAGAAAAGAGUAAGGAUGACAUGAAAGACAGGUUUGGAUUGAGUAAAAAGAGCAUUUCACAACAUAAGCAAACUAAUAAGAGUAAAGAGCAUGAUGUGCAUGAAGAUGAAGCUCAAGAGACCCUGUUGCCGCACAAUACUCAGACUGCUCUUGAGAUAAAGGAAGACAGCAGUUCAGUAGACAGCGACGAUAGCAUCGAGCAAGAAAUCCAAAGGUUUCUGGCUGAAAAGGCCAAAGUUUCCACCACUGAGAAAAGUAAAGAUGGAGAUGUAUCGAGGAAUGGUACUGUCGUGGUUUGUGCAGCACUCCGAGAUGAAGACAUGAAACAGGAAAAUCAGCUGGCUGAAAUUCCAAGAAAAAGUCCUCUCUCUGGACAAUCUCCUCUUCCAACGCCACAGAGUUUGCUGCCAGACAUCGCUACGGUUGGUGCACAAUCACGUCUGUCGUCGGUCCAGUCCUGCAGCCCCAGUCUUCUGGAGCCAGCAGACGGCGCGGGGUCUGCUAGAACUGAGCAAAGGAGGCCUAGCUCUGGGAGAGGGGACGUCCAGGAUGUCACCCCACAGGUGGAGAGAGUUCAGACAGUUUUUAGUCCGAACAUUGCUCAUUCUCGCUCGGAGUCAAACAAGUGGCGCCAGAGCCUCGGACUCCCCACGGCUGACACCAGGCCUCUCAGUCGACCUUCAUUCCAUAUCACCUCAUCUAAAAUCAGCAACAUUGCAGCAGCAACUGCACCAUAUCAAAGCGGGGGGCCCAAACCACAGACUCCAGUCACUGUUUGGUCCUCUGCAAGGACCAGCAGAGCACCUUUCCCCUGCUCUACAGAGACUAAUGUAAAUACCACGUUCAGAUCCCCCGUUUUGAAUCAUUUCUCUACUGCCAGGCUGCAUCCAAGGAUGUCAUUUGCACGGAGUCUUGCACCCGGCCACAGGUCCCAGUGCCCUAUAGAAGGAGAGACAGAGAGUAUGGUGCAUAUGUCUAAGGACAAGAGUGUGUUUGUCGAACUGGAAUCUAAUAGGACCAACCACGUCCAGGUUCGAAGCAGGGAAAGGAGCGAGGGAAAGGAGAGAGCGGACUUGCUAAGUGAGAAAAAAAGAGAAGGCGAGAGCAUGAAGAUAGACGAUAAAGAAGUACAUCUAGAAAGAACAGAGGAAGAAUUUAUAGAUGAGGCAGAUUGUGAGUCAGGCAACAGGAGAAAUCCAGAGAAGAAGCAGGGCUUUUCCACAUUGUCUUUGUCCAGUGCCAUUGAGCCUGGCAUCAGCUUCAGACCUUGCAUAGCUCUUACCACAGAGGAGAGAAGCAGGAUGUUCAACAGGAGGUACCUGGCUGAAAAAUACAAGAAGGGGCUGCCUUCUCACCGUAGCGCUCCAUCGCAAAGCAAGGCUGUGCAACGUGUCAAAAGAAAGCUUCAGUUCAUUCCAGUCAACAGAUUAUUCUCAUCUUUUUCAGGAGAAAUGAAGCACCCAGCCACCACAGCAUAACCAAGAAUAAAACGUCAUUCUGAAUUUGAAACAUGGAUGUAUCUCACGUUUGAUAUUACAGCAUGUGGGUUGUUGAGUAGUUUGCACUUUUUCAAGUGCUGUUUAUGUAUUGCCUCCUGUUAGAUUUGAUGUUGCAGGCACGUGGUAUUGGAUUUUCUUUUGGUAUUUAUUUAUUUUUGCCAUGUUUUGUUGUAAAUUACAUAUUAAUGAGAUUCUCCAAAAUAUAUAACAAUAAAUGGAAGUUCACUUUUUUUAUUUUAUGUAGUCAAUGAAGGGCAUUAACUAAGAACUAAAUCCACAUGUAAAGUUUACUGGUGUCAAUUCUUCUUUAUAAUACAUCUGUUGUUUAUGUGAAGACAUUUGUUCCAUAUCAGAAGGUAUUAACAUACAUUUUGUUAUACAUUAUUGUAGCUAAAUAACACGAGAGCGUUGUGUUGUAUUCCUCUUUCAAUAAAGUUGUGAAGCUGAAAAUAA